CCACACGGGUGAAGCCACCUCCGGCCUCCACAGCGGCUCCUCCCAGGCUCUUCCUCGCUGCUGUCUAUUCACCACUCUCAGACUGAGUCCAGCAGCAGACCCGUUGACCUCUGCAGACCUCCACCAUGGCUCUCUCCAACGACCCGAACUUCGUGAAACUGGAGCAAUGGUUCCAAGCCAACGGCGGGAGCCUGAAUAUGCGGGAGAUGUUCUCUGCAGACCCGGAUCGAUUUAGCAAAUUCAGCUUGUCCGUGACGACAGAUGAUGGGGACCUCCUGCUGGACUACUCCAAGAAUCUUAUCAACCGGGACGUCAUGGAAAUGCUGCUGAGCAUGGCAAAGUCGCGUCAAGUGGAGGAGGCACGUGAGAAGAUGUUCUCUGGAGAGAAAAUCAACUUCACUGAGGGUCGUGCUGUGCUGCACAUUGCUCUUCGUAACCGCUCCAACACUCCGAUCUUGGUCGACGGCAAAGACGUGAUGCCGGAUGUCAACCGUGUGCUGGAAAAGAUGAAGACCUUCUGUCAUAGAGUGCGCAGCGGUGAGUGGAAGGGCUUCAGCGGGAAGAGCAUCACUGAUGUGGUCAACAUCGGCAUUGGAGGCUCUGACUUGGGACCUCUGAUGGUGACAGAGGCACUUAAGCCAUACGCCGCACAAGGCCCCAACGUUUGGUUUGUGUCUAACAUUGACGGAACUCAUAUGGCUAAGACCCUGGCCAAGCUGAAUGCAGAGACCACGCUCUUCAUCAUCGCCUCCAAGACCUUCACCACCCAGGAGACCAUCACCAACGCAGAGUCUGCCAGAGACUGGUUCCUCCAGACCGCCAAGGACAAAUCUGCCGUUGCCAAACACUUUGUGGCUCUUUCCACCAACGCGGUCAAGGUUAAAGACUUUGGAAUUGACACGGCCAACAUGUUUGAGUUCUGGGAUUGGGUUGGCGGUCGCUACUCUCUCUGGUCGGCCAUUGGUCUGUCCAUCGCUCUGCACGUUGGGUUUGAAAACUUUGAGCAGCUUCUGUCUGGAGCUCACUGGAUGGACAAUCACUUCCGCAGUGCUCCCUUGGAGCAGAAUCUUCCGGUCCUCCUGGCGCUUCUGGGCAUCUGGUAUAUAAACUUCUUCAAGGCGGAGACUCACGCCAUGUUGCCCUAUGACCAGUACAUGCACCGCUUUGCAGCCUAUUUCCAGCAGGGCGACAUGGAGUCCAACGGCAAGUACAUCAGCAGAGAUGGCAGACGUGUGAAUUAUCACACCGGACCAAUCGUGUGGGGAGAACCAGGGACCAACGGCCAGCACGCCUUCUACCAACUCAUCCACCAAGGUACUCGCAUGAUUCCUGCCGACUUCCUCAUUCCUGCUCAGUCGCAGCAUCCAAUCAGAAACAACCUCCAUCACAAGAUUCUGAUGGCCAACUUCCUGGCCCAGACUGAAGCGCUGAUGAAGGGGAAAACCUCGGCCGAAGCUCGGAAGGAGCUGGAGGCUGGAGGACUGGAGGGAGACGCCCUGGAGAAGCUGCUGCCUCACAAAGUAUUUGAAGGAAACAAGCCAAGCAACUCUAUCGUGUUUAAGAAGUUGACACCAUUUAUAUUGGGAGCUCUGAUUGCAAUGUACGAACACAAGAUCUUCGUUCAGGGCGUCAUGUGGGACGUCAACAGCUACGAUCAGUGGGGUGUCGAACUGGGGAAACAACUGGCUAAGAAGAUCGAGCCUGAGCUCCAGGACGCUUCCGAGGUCUCCUCCCACGACUCCUCCACUAACGGCCUCAUCAAUUUCCUGAAGAAGAACUUUGCCUAAUACUGUGGUGCGCCCCCCUCCCCACUGCAGAGCCCCCGCUUUGAAAGAUCAUUCCUGGCUUGUCUUUGUCUCGAGCACUUUGUCUUGUCCUUGCGACUGUUUCACUUUAAAGGGAGUCAUGUGUGCAAAGUUACUGUAGGUCCCGUCGUCUGCACUGACCUUCAAAAUAAAGGUGUUGUUUGCCACAA